AGUGGAGGCCGGCACCGGAAGUGGAGGCCCGCUCGUGGCUGGCGGCGCUUCUCCAUGGCGGGGCCGGGGCCUGGCGGCGCGGCCGGGGUUGAGGUGCCCGAGGAGGAGCGGCUCUUCCUGCGGCAGCACCCGCUGCUCAGCCUCGCGGAGCCGGGCAAGGUGAGAUGCAGGCUGACAGGCCACGAGAUGCCAUGUCGGCUGUCGGAGCUGCAGGCUUAUACUAAUGGCAAGAAGUAUCAGCGGCUGAUAAAGACGGCCAGGGAGUUUGACUAUGGCAAGUUUGAGCCCCAUAUAGUACCCAGCACAAAGAAUCUACACCAGCUGUUUUGCAAGCUCACUCUCAGACACAUCAACAAGUUCCCAGAGCACGUGCUGCGCCAUGUCCAAGGGAAGCGCUACCAGAAGGCCCUAAAAACAUAUGAGGAGUGCCAGAAGGAAGGAGUGGAGUACGUCCCGGCCUGCUUGCGGCAGAAGAAGCAGCGGACGCAGCAUGCUGAUGACCAGAUGAACGGGAGCAGGCAGCCUCACAGAAAAGAGGAAUUCUGGGAGCCAAAGUCCAGCGAUGAGGAUGGAGAGGAGACGGAUGACAGCAUGAGUGACCUGUAUCCACCUGCACUCUUCCCAGAAAAAAGCCCGGCAGCCCCACAAACCACGAAGGGCAGCGAUGAAUUUGCAACAGAUAGCGAGGAUGACGGGGCCAAGCAGAACGGUGACGUGAAUGGAAAGGACGGUGGAAGAACCGAUGUCAGCAGAGCAGCUGGCACCAAAAGGGGAAAGAAACAGACAGGCCCUUUAAAGAAGAAAUUCAAGAGUCAUCAUCAAAAACCCAAGAACUUCAAGAAAGCAACUAACAGCAAAUAAAUUUAUCAUAAAUACAUGG